UGUCUUUUAUUAUCAUUAUCAUUAUUUUUUGUUUCUCUGGUUGCUUUGCUGGUGACUCCCAAGUGAACAGUGUGUGCAUCUACAACUCCUAGAAGUAGAAACUCAUCUCCACACACACCACUCUCUCUCUCUCUCUCUCACUCAUUCACAACUCAAAAAGUCACAAGCUACAGUUGGCAUUUCACAACACCAACAACAACACAGUACACAGCCUAUAAUCUAUAUUCUUCUCUUCCCACUAUAACUCUCAUUUGCUACUACAGAAGCAGGAGGCAUUCCCUCACACUUAUUCACUGUAGAAAUCAUAAAGAAAAGAAGAGAAAAAGAAAUGAAUGUGCUCAGCAUCAUAGGCAUCCACCACCACUAUCAAUCAUUGACUAGGACUUGACUACUACUCUCCAUGUCUCUCUCAGUCACUGUCCUCUAGAUUUACCAAAUGGGGGCAGCCACUCUCAUAACCAAGCCUCAACCAAGGAUAAUUUUCUUGAAGAUUAUUGCUGUUGUUGUUGCCAUCCUCCGCAACCCUUCUUCCUUUGUUGCCUCAAGUUUGGAGCUUCUUUGAAGUGCAUGGUGUUUGUGUUUUCAGCUCCAAGUCCAAUAACACAUAGCUAAAAAGAAGACACUUUUUUGGUUUUUGUUUUGUUCAGGUAAUGCUUACUCUUUGUUUGCCUUGCCUUUUUGCCGAGUAAACCACUGCCAAAAUCCAAAGGGGGGCCUGGAUCUUGUUUCUUGGAAUCACAGUUUGAUGAACAGCAUUGAUUUCAGAUUCAGGUUUUAUUGUUCUCCCAGUAAUUCUCCUUAAAAGUUUACCCAAUUAUUGCCUUAACUGCUACAACUCAUGUAAGAUUUGGUUGAGUUGAGAGAGUGAGAGAGAGAGAGGAAUGAAAUGCUUAGAAUCAGAAGAAGAUUGCCAAGUAUUGAGUGAAUCUUUGCCUCUUUGGCUUUGCCUUUUGCAAGGAUUCUUGAGAGAAAAACGUUUCAUUGCAACGGUUGUUGAAACGUUCAAAGCUGCUUUUAUUCUUCUGCCCGCAGGAGAAUAUUUUUCUUUUUUUUACAGCAAAACGUGCCUACAAGUUUCCAUUUUUAAGACCCCUUUGGAGAGAUUCAUUGCUUAUUGUUCAGUAUCAACUAUUCAUUACUGAUAUAUUGCAUUGGGGUUGUAUCUGUGAGUCCAAGGUGAAUAUCAGAUACAAAGAGAGAACCACAUUGAGCUGAAUUUCAAGAAUUCCCUAAAUCAUCCAUGGAGCCUGUUCUUCUUCCAAGUCUAGUAAUAAUGCUUGUUCUUGUUCUGUGCUUUGAAUCACUUCCUAGUGUUAGGGCUCAGUCUACUACUACUUCUCCCGGGUCAUCUUCAACAAGGGAAGAAGCAAAGGCUCUUGAUGCACUUCUCCAACAAUUUGCUUACAAGGACUUGGUGAAUCCAAAAACAGGUAUCAUUUACAAUGCAACUCAACUUCCUUCCAAUUUGACUGGGAUUGAGGUUGCAGCAUUGAGAUUAAGGAGUGGAAGUCUAAGGAGAAAAGGGUUCCAGGCAUACAAUGAGUUUGAAAUUCCCAAGGGACUCAUUGUGAGUCCUUAUGUGGAAAGGCUUGUGUUGGUGUACCAAAAUCUGGAUAAUAGGUCCAGCAGUUACUACUACCCUUUGCCUAAUUAUACUUAUUUGGCUCCAGUGUUGGGACUACUAGCUUAUGAAGGUUCAAAUUUGUCGGCUACAAAUUUAUCAGAACUAGACAUAGAUGCAUCUGAGAGCCCUAUAUUGGUCAAGUUUAGGGAUGUAAAACCAGCUCCUCAUGGUGCUGUUGCAAAAUGUAUUUGGUUUGAUUUGCAAGGUUCUUCCAAUUUCAGCAAUGUAACAGGAGGCAACACAUGUUCUACUACUCAACAGGGUCAUUUCUCUAUAGUGGUUAAAUCUAUUGCUCCUUUAGCACCUUCUCCAGCUCCGGCAGGUGCUGCUCCUAAAGGGGAAGGUGAGAAGGGGAAUAACAAUAAUGAGAAAGUGUGGAUCAUUGUAGGGUCUGUUGUGGGUGGACUAGUAUUGCUUGUGUUGUUGUCACUUCUAGUUUUGUGGAUGAGCAAGUACAAACAGAAGAUGAAAAUGCAACAGAUGGAAAGGGCUGCAGAGGUGGGAGAGCCUCUUCAAAUGUCUUCAAUUGGGGAUACAAAAGCACCUGCUGCAACAGUAACAAGAACACAACCAACCCUUGAACAUGAAUAUGCGCCAUGACACAAUAUUUUUGCACAAUCUUUCAGUUUGCUCGCUCUCCCACUCACAUUUAAGUUAAUUUACUGUCUUCAGAAAUUCUUCUAAUCAAACUUCUUUUUUUUUUACUCCCCCCGGUUUGUUUGCUUUAACAUAGGAUUUUUGUGUACAUCUGUUAUCUUUUUUUUUUUUUUGUGAUUCAUUGUGGUGUGAAUUAGUAGUAGUAACCAAAAGUGAUGAUUAUGUGAUGAAUUCAGUUGUUCCAUAAUUGACAAAGAAUAAAACUCUAGAACCUACUUGUUGGGUUAUUUUGUCA